CAUAUGAGAGAGAUCACUCAACAUCAAAGAUCAAACUCUUUUUUUUUUUUUUGUCGGCAAUCAAACUCUAUCUGUAUCUUAGACAUGCAUUAACUAGUGUUGCGUCCUCGUUCCCAUUCAGGAAAGGGUAAGGUAAAGUGCUGCUAUCAAACCGACGAAAUCUUCUCUCGUUUUACGGCACCGAUCUCGGUGGAUCUCCGAUUCACAUGGCGGCGGAUCAUGCGUAUCUGAUGCAGUUCGUGGACGAAACUUCGUUUUACAACUGGAUCGUUUUGAGCCAUCUUUUGCCGGCGAAUCUGUGGGAACCUUUGCCUCAUUUUCUCCAGACGUGGCUCCGAAAUUUCCUCGCCGGAACCCUACUCUACUUCAUCUCAGGCUUUCUAUGGUGCUUCUACAUCUAUUACCUUAAAAUCAACGUUUACCUUCCCAAAGAUGCCAUUCCUACAAUAAAGGCUAUGCGUUUGCAAAUGUUUGUGGCAAUGAAGGCUAUGCCUUGGUACACUCUUCUUCCGACUGUCUCUGAGUAUAUGAUCGAGCAUGGCUGGACCAAAUGUUACUCUAGACUAGGCGAACUCGGCUGGAUCCUCUAUUUUGUUUACCUCGCCAUCUAUCUUGUUUUCGUUGAGUUUGGUAUUUAUUGGAUGCACAGAGAGCUUCAUGACAUUAAGCCUCUCUAUAAGUAUCUCCAUGCGACGCAUCAUAUCUACAACAAGCAAAAUACACUCUCUCCUUUUGCUGGGCUUGCAUUUCACCCAGUAGAUGGGAUACUUCAAGCUAUACCGCAUGUUAUAGCGCUGUUUGUGGUGCCAAUUCAUUUCACAACCCAUAUAGGUCUUUUGUUUUUGGAAGCGAUAUGGACAGCGAACAUCCAUGACUGCAUCCACGGCAACAUCUGGCCAGUGAUGGGUGCAGGAUACCAUACGAUACACCACACGACAUACAAGCAUAACUAUGGUCAUUAUACCAUAUGGAUGGAUUGGAUGUUUGGCUCCCUUAGAGAUCCUCUUUUAGAAGAAGAUGACAACAAAGACGGCUCCAAGAAAGCAAAGUGAGAAUGCCCACUUGGUUUUUCCUUUUGUGUCUUUGCUUUGCUCGUUGUUGUUCAAAGUUCAACCCUUCUUGUUCUUCAUGAGUGUGUCUCUCUCAAUGUUUCCAAUAUUUUUUGUUAGAAACAGUGACUGAACAUUUGCUGUCUAGUUAAAAAACAGGUAAAUGUUUGAUCUUUGUAAGACCCCAUUUUUUUAACGGUAAACCUUGAGACCAAGAUUUUGACU